GCGUACUUGAAGAAGACUCAAUGGAGCAGGACGUGGAGAGCCCUGUCACGAUUCAGCAGCCAAAGUUGCCCAAACAAGCUAGAGAGGAUCUUCCAAAACACAUAAGCAAAGUAUGUACCAAGAGAAAAAUUCAGAGGUAUGUUAGGAAAGAUGGGAAAUGCAACGUACACCAUGGGAACGUGAGAGAGACUUAUCGUUAUCUGAGUGAUAUCUUCACUACCUUAGUCGACCUCAAAUGGAGGUUCAACCUUUUGAUUUUUGUCAUGGUUUACACUGUGACGUGGCUCUUCUUUGGAAUGAUCUGGUGGCUAAUUGCUUACAUCCGAGGUGAUAUGGAACAUAUAGGAGACAGUACAUGGACCCCAUGUGUCAGUAACCUCAAUGGGUUUGUCUCAGCCUUUUUAUUCUCAAUAGAGACAGAAACCACCAUCGGGUAUGGUUAUCGGGUCAUCACGGACAAAUGUCCCGAGGGAAUUAUUCUGCUUUUAGUUCAGUCUGUUUUAGGUUCUAUUGUCAAUGCUUUCAUGGUUGGUUGCAUGUUUGUGAAAAUAUCCCAGCCCAAGAAGAGGGCAGAAACCCUGGUCUUUUCUACCAACGCAGUCAUUUCCAUGCGGGAUGGGAAGCUAUGCCUGAUGUUCCGAGUAGGGGACCUUAGGAAUUCACACAUUGUGGAGGCAUCAAUACGAGCCAAGUUGAUCAAAUCUAAACAGACAAAGGAGGGGGAAUUUAUACCACUCAACCAGACAGAUAUCAACGUAGGUUAUUACACAGGGGAUGAUCGUCUCUUUUUGGUUUCACCACUGAUCAUCAGCCAUGAAAUUAACCAGCAGAGUCCUUUCUGGGAGAUUUCCAAAGACCAAUUGCCCAAAGAGGAACUAGAAAUUGUUGUAAUUCUAGAAGGCAUGGUGGAGGCAACAGGAAUGACAUGCCAAGCGCGAAGUUCUUACGUAACCAGCGAGAUCCUGUGGGGUCAUCGUUUUACACCUGUCCUCACGCUGGAGGAUGGAUUUUAUGAAGUUGAUUACAACAGCUUUCAUGAAACAUAUGAGACCAACACACCGUCUUACAGUGCCAAAGACCUGGCAGAGAUGGCCAGCCGAGCAGAACUGCCCCUGACUUGGUCUGUGUCCAGCAAACUAAACCAGCAUGCUGACCUGGAAACUGAAGAGAGGGGAAAGAACCAUGAAGACCAAACUGAAAGGAAUGGUGACGUGGCAAACUUAGAGAAUGAAUCCAAAGUUUGAACCAGCAGAGGUUCACCACACAACCUCUUUUUUCUUUUUGAUCCUUCCCUUUUUUUAUUAUGAUGACAAGAAAAGAAAUAUUUAAGGUUUGAAAUGUCUACCUGCCCAAACAAAUCAAGAGAUUCAUAAAAUAAGCAAAGACGUGGGUUAAAGCUGCAAUAUCCCUUAUAUACGAUGAAAUCUCUGAUCACUGCCCUUCCAAUAAUUGCAUAUUUCCUCUGGAUAAAUACAAGUUUAUGACCACAGGUGUGUUUAAAAAGGAACCAAAAAGGGGGGGGGGAGCAAGACUCAGUAUCUGGGAUAAUAAAAGGAAAGACUGUGAUUAAUGUUUGCUAAUACCAUGGGUCUUGGCUCUAAUUUUUAUAUAUUUCAAGACAGUUUCAUAAACAGGAUGUGAUGCCUCCAAUGAAAAUGGGCAUUGCAGCUUUAAGACCGAGGUGAGCAGAAAGAGCUGCAGUUCAACAGGAUACUGUAUAUAUGCCUUAUGUAAUUACUUUCUCUUUAAAUUUAGUAAUAAACCCAGCAUGUACAAAAGUACUGUAGUAAAGAACUUCUAAAUAAUGUACAUAGAUGUGUAAUUAAUGUAGGUUUAGAUACAUAAUUCUAGAAAUAUUGGGAUGCAAAAAAUUGAAUAGGCAUUUCUGUUUUAAUAUUUGGAGUAUAUUAGUUUCUCCCCUAUAUAUCUGGCCCUUUUAGUGCACAACAUUUUCUUCAGUGUACCAGACUGGCAGCUAUUUAGAAGACCUCACUGUUUCCCUAACAAAUCAUUUUACUGAUUCUAAAAAGCCAUAAAUCUGGGGGGAGGGCAGGGUGGAGAAACUGAAACCUUACUGAUAUACUGUGAAACUGUUUACAAAAAUGAUUCUAUCUUUUGUAAUAUUAUAGGGUAAACCAUUCCUGGCUACUUUUGGCAGUUCAGCCUGAAUUAGACUGUGGCAGAUUCUUGGAAAACACAAGAAUCUCUAGUACACGGUUAAUAUAAAAAGCAUGUUCAUGUUGGGCUAGGACCCUGUAAGCAGGGCCAGC